GGCUCCACCAAGUCCCUGAGCAGCACCCGGCAGCACAGCACCCUGCCCAGGAGCCUGAGCGUGGCAGCGGUGCUGGAGCGCGCAGCGGAGCUGGACCUGAGCUACGUGACCGAGCGGGUGCUGGCGCUCAGCUUCCCCCCGGCGCUGGACGAGCGGCGCCUCCGCGGGCACCUGCGCGACGUGGCCCAGAUGCUGCGCUCCAGGCACCGCGAGCGCUACGCCGUACGGCGCGGGCACCGCGUGGGGGGGCCGGGGUGCUCGGGGUGCUCGGG